AAAGGAACCAGAAAGGAAGAAGGGGCGGGUAGGAGGAAGGGAGCGGCGACCUUCAAUGCCUUUUCUCGUUCGUUCGAGCCGGGCAGCGAAGCGUGCUGUGUGAAAAGAAAGGUGGCCAGGACUUGUAGUAGAUGCUGCUCCCUCUGCAGCAGCCGGCGCUGCCUUUCUCUCGCUCGCCUUCUCCGCAUCGGUAUAUCAGAUGAAGAGACUUAAUAAGAUUGAGCUAGCAAGAUCAACAGAUUCUCCAUCCACCACAAUUAACAGGCUAGAGUAAAUGCCUGCCACACAGGAUGAGACACCUUCUGAGUCCUCUGUAACAUCCAAGGGAAUCGUAGAGAAGUAGUGCUUCACUUUGUACUGGUUUUCAGAGUUGCAGCCAUAUGUCUUUUACUAAUGGGCGUGAGCAAGCUAGAUGUCUUGUACAGGCGCCUUCUUCUCACUAAACUUUUCAUACAAGGAUGGGGUAGACCAGAAGACUUGAAAAGAAUAUUUGAAUUCAGAAAGAUUAUUGGAAACAGGGAAAAAUGUCAGAAUUUGGUUUCAAGAGAUUAUCCAGUGCACAUUAAUAAGGUGGAAGAGCAUUCAGACUGUAAACUCCUGGAUGGACACUUCAUUUCCCCCUUGGCUCAUUAUGUUCCAGGCAUCAUGCCAUCAGAAUCCGUCACAGCAAGGUUUCAGUUUAUAGUACCAAAGACAUGGAACAGCAAACACAGACCUGUGUGUAUUCAUUUAGCUGGCACUGGAGACCAUUACUUUUGGAGGCGGCGAACUUUGAUGGCCCGUCCAAUGAUUAAAGAGGCCAGCAUGGCUUCAGUAUUAUUAGAAAACCCUUAUUAUGGAUACAGAAAACCUAAAGAUCAGAGAAGGUCAUGUCUGAAAAAUGUUUCUGACCUGUUCGUGAUGGGAGGCGCUCUUGUGCUAGAAUCAGCUGCUCUUUUGCACUGGCUGGAGAGGGAAGGCUAUGGACCCCUAGGGAUGACUGGAAUAUCCAUGGGAGGACAUAUGGCAUCAUUAGCAGUGUCAAAUUGGCCUAAGCCAUUGCCACUAGUUCCUUGCCUCUCUUGGUCUACAGCAUCUGGUGUUUUUACUACGGGUGUACUCAGCAAAGCAGUGAAUUGGAGAGAACUAGAGAAACAAUAUUGUACUCAAAGUGUUUAUGAAGAAGAAAUAAUUCAAAUGCUUGAAUAUUGUGGAACAGAUUCAUUCAAGAUGGGACAAGACUUUGUUAAAAACUCUCCCAGCAGUGUGGAUAGUUUGAGAAAUCUGGAGCUGAAUUCUGGUAUGCUAAACCUGGAUAUCAGGAGUGAAGUUCUAUCUUCAGAAGUUAGUCGCUCUCUUGGCACUAACAAGGAUUCUCUAGAUCCCUCAGCGGAAGAACUGUUAGUACAAGAGGCGCAAAAAAUGCAGUAUGUAAAUCAGACAUUUUCUCCAACCACCAGUAAUAAGGACUUUUCCAGUGAAGGAAAGAAUCUGAUACGUGGAAGAAGAGACCGUUUACAAAGAGAAUCUCUAAGGUUCAUGAAGGGUGUGAUGGAUGAAUGUACCCAUGUAGCUAACUUUUCAGUUCCAGUUGACCCAACACUGAUAAUAGUUGUUCAAGCCAAGGAAGAUGCUUAUGUUCCAAGAACUGGAGUGCGUAGCCUUCAUGAAAUAUGGCCAGGAUGUGAAAUCAGAUAUUUGGAUGGAGGUCAUAUUAGUGCCUACCUCUUCAAACAAGGAUUAUUCAGGCAAGCCAUAUAUGAUGCAUUUGAACGUUUUCUCCAGAAAUAUGCUGUAUAGGUCUGUCUCACUGAACCUUUGUGUAGUCUUGCUCAGAGCUUUCUUCUUACACAUUAUGUUCCUCUGGUGGAUUAGUUGUUAUAUACAAAAUUAAAACUCACCAACUGAAUGACAUAGUCAGCAGUGUCUCAUAAGUAUGUAAUGGCAAUGGUGAUCUUGCAUUAAUCUUAUUUAUGACAAUUUUAGCCCGGUUUGUUAAUAGAGGCACUGUCUGUAAAAUAUGCUAUUUUUGAACCUAAUUUUAAUUGGAGUGUGCACACGUCAAUUGAAAAGAGACCAAUGUAGUACUGAUCAUUUUUUAAAUUUUCGUUUGUAUCGAUUUCAUUAUUUAGGUGCCUCAAUAUAUGAAACAGGAAUUCAAAGAUGCCAUUUUAACAUGCUAUGUAUACUACUUUCUGAUGCCCAUCACUGAUUCUUCAAGGAAAAUUAUUUGUCUGGGUGCCAUUCUUUUAAAUGGGCAUGGGGUGGGAGAAAGAAUUGUAUAUUCCUAUCCAGGAGAAACCAUAAAGCUGUUCACUGAAUGAGCUGCUACAACUGAAAUGAAAAUAUGAAGAUUUCUAUACAUGUGCUAGUAUUAAUAUUUUAAUGUUUUUUUCUUGAUUAAUAUUUCACUGUUUCACACCAUGUUGCACCAACAGAGAUAUUUACAUUACUGUAUUUUUUUUUAUUAUAGGAUUUUGUAUAUAUCUGGAAUAAUAGAUCCAUGAAAAUAUGGGGUGUUUGUCUAUGAAAGAAUAUUUCAGUAAAACGUGGAUCUUUAUGAUCUUUACAAUUCCAAUUGUAAAUGAUAACUUGAAAAAUAGUGAUAUUGAACUAAUUGGGAUAGAUGUGGAAAAAUAGGAAUGGAAUUCUACUCAUACAGGAAGGGCUUCUUGGUUCUUUGCCUUUAUAACCUGUGUUCCCCCAAGAAACUCUCUAGAGAGUUGAGCAACCUUAUAGAGUGGCAUUUAAAUACUCAGCAUUGAAUAAUGAAUGGUGGAACUGUCAGAAACUGGUAAAGUUGCUUUCUGCAAAAGAAAGUGUCUCUUCAAUGUGUCCAAAAACGUAUUUGAACCCAAGUCAUUUUAUACAUUAUAGAAAGUACUAUAUGAACAUAUCUGAGGUUGAAAAGUGUUUUCAUAAAAUCUUUAAAAUGAAGUGACACAAUGGAAUGCAUGUCUUCAGCUAUCAGCUAAGCAAUUUUUUUGUAUUGUAAUGUAAUGAACACUAGAUGUUUUACUGUUGAGCUUUCCAAGUAAGAUGCUUAGUAUUUUCUAUACUGAAAAUAAUAACACUCUAAAAAUAGCAUUGUAUUUUUAUAAUAAACAGAAAUGUCUUCUGUAAAUUAGCUAUUUUUUAAACACUGUACCUAAUGUACAAAGGCUGCAAUCAACUCACUCACUGAUGAGAAAAUCCACUUAUCUCCUGGAACUUCUGAGUAGACAUGUAUAGCAUUUCAUUGUAAGAUCUGGUAAAAAUCCAUCUCUCUUUUGUAGCAACUUUUUGAAAGAACCAAAACUGAAGCUGCAAACAUGUUGAAGACCUCAAUAAAAAUGUUCAGAUAAGAUUAAAGGAGCUGCUUCAACAGGAAUUCUAAUUUUUAAUGUCUUUGUUACUGCUGAUGCCUUGUAAAUAAAAAGCACAAUGUUUCUUGGCAAACUGCAAGUUAAAUUCAUUAGAAUUGGUAUUAAGGUGUUCAUUUAUACACAAAAUCCAGUGAACUAUAACUCCGCUGAUCAGUUGUACAGUGGUGCCUCGCAUAGCGAGGUUAAUCCGUUCCGGAUUCACCUUCGCUAUGUGAAAACUUCGUUAA